GUGGAAGAGGGAGAGAAGGAGAGUUGCUGCGUGCCUGCUUGACUGUGUGAGUCAGAGAGAGAGAGAGAGAGAUAGAGGGAAAAAAAACAGUGGUGGAAUGGGGAAGAAAGCAGAGGAGUAGAUGCUGACAGCAUCCCUAAUAGAGCAUGAAUAACUCAGCGAGUGGAGCAGAGAAACGUCGAUUUAUUGCUGCUUUUUCAGCUCCAUAGUUGGAUUUAAAUAUCAUGUCGACGGCGUCUCUUUUUUUGAAAGCAUGUUGUACGAUGGAUCAUCCAGCAUACUUAAAAUGGUGGACUGUUUUUUUCCUCUGCACUCUUCUUUUUUCCUUUUCAUUCGGGGAGGUCCGUUAUGUUCUUCCAGAGGAGAUGCAGAGGGGCUCCGUUAUUGGGAACGUUGUGCGGGAUCUGGGGCUGCAGCUGUCCCAGCUUCAUGCCCGUCGAGCUCGUGUUGUUGCAGAGGGAACCAGCCUGCACUGCGAACUGGACACUGCCUCCGGUAAUCUUCUGAUCAGCCAGCGGAUAGACCGAGAGGAGCUGUGCGCUCAGGCUGCAGCCUGUAUCCUGCAGUUCCAGCUUUUACUCGAGGAUCCGCUUCAAGCCUUCAGCUUAGUUUUGGACAUUUCAGACAUAAACGACAACAGCCCAGCUUUUGCUACAGACGAGAUCAAACUAGAUUUGGUGGAAUCUACAGUUCUAGGGUGGCGCUUUCCCUUAGAGAGCGCGCAUGACCCCGAUUUGGGCACGAACUCUGUCUGUGAAUAUAAACUCAGCCAGAAUGAUCAUUUUGCAUUGGAAAUCAGCACUCAAAUAAAUGGCAAUGCUUAUCCGGAGCUUGUUCUUAAAAAGCCCCUGGACCGGGAGGAGGAAGCUGAACAUUUGUUGGAAAUUAGUGGGCUGGAUGGGGGUCAUCCAGUCAGGUCUGGAACCGCCUCUAUCCGCAUCCGUGUUUUGGACGCAAAUGAUAAUAUUCCAGUUUUCAGCCAAAGGGUCUACAGAGUAUCUGUGCCAGAGAACUCACCUUUGGGGACUCUCAUUGCAACACUGAAUGCCACGGACUUGGACGAGGGUGUCUACGGGGAGAUAACCUACUCUUUCAGCCACCUGUCAGACAAGAUGGGGGGAGUUAUUGAAAUCAACCCGCUGAACGGGGAGGUUAGGGUAGCAGGUGUUAUUGACUAUGAAGAAGCAAGUUCACACGAACUGGACGUUCAGGCCAAAGAUGGGGGCGGUCAGGCCUCCCACUGCAAACUCAUUAUCAAUGUAAUUGAUGUGAACGAUAAUAACCCAGUGAUAGAAAUAAAAUCAGCCUCCACUAGGGUGGCUGAGGAUUCCAAACCAGGAACUAUGAUUGCUCUAAUUAAUAUUUACGACCUGGACACAGGUAGCAGUGGUCGAGUCACAUGUUCAAUCUCAGAUUAUGUUCCGUUUAAACUAGUUUCUGAGGUCAAAAACUACUACAUGUUAGUUACAGGUGAGAUGCUGGACAGAGAAGUCCAACCAGAAUACAACAUCACAGUCACCGCCACUGAUGCAGGCUCUCCCCCACUCUCCAGUGUAAAAGUUUUAACGUUAGUGGUUGAUGACGUGAAUGAUAACCCACCGACUUUUACGCAGAGCGCGUACAAUGUGAACGUUUUGGAAAACCAACCCAUGGGUACGUUUGUCCUGAAACUCCAAGCACAGGACAUAGAUGACGCAGCAAAUGCUAAAAUAAUAUAUCGCAUAUCAAAGGACACAAACUCGGAUGUGUCGUCCUUACUGACCAUUAACCCAGACACGGGAGAGCUCUUUACAUCGCGCCUCUUCGAUUACGAACAGUCGGCCCACUUCCAAAUAAAGGUGACAGCUCGAGAUGGAGGCGAUCCUCCACUGUCCGCCACGUGCGCUGUAAAUGUUUUUAUCAAGGACCAAAAUGACAACGCGCCUGUGGUCCUCUAUCCCGUCCAAACCUCUGGGUUUAUUGCUGAAGACAUGGUGCCAAUUGAAGCGCCCAGAGGUUACCUGGUCACUAAGGUGGUGGCUGUGGACGCGGACAGUGGCCACAAUGCGUGGCUCGCCUACAGAAUCAUUAAAGCGACACGGCCCAACCUGUUCAUGGCAGAUCUGCACACGGGAGAAAUCCGAACUCUGAGAGCCUUCAUGGAGGAGGACGAGCCCAAACACACGCUCGUGGUUUUGGUGACAGAUAACGGCGUUGACGCUCUUUCUGCCACAGCGACGGUCAGCAUCGUGAUUAGCGACGGGCUGCCUGUGUUUAACGAACUUUUUCAGUUCGCAGACGACUCGCAGGACGAGAAUAACUUGACACUUUAUCUAAUCAUCGCACUGUCAGCCGUUUCUUUUCUCUUCCUGCUUUUAAUCAGCUGCGUGUGUUAUUUUAAGCUCUGCCGACGCAGUUACGUCUACCGUUCCACCACAAACAGUCUGCCCAUUUUCCCAACCACAUACUGCUCAUCGACUCUCACCGACUUCAGCCACUGCGGGACUUUGCUGGGCGACGACCGAUAUGACCCAUUUCUGACCACUGGCUCGUGGAGGGGCGAUUUUCGAUUCGGGCCAAACACAGACACCGACACGUUAAAGAAAAGAAGUGCAGCGUAUCAAAAAAACACACUGAGGCGCCUGAGUGCAGAGAGGGGCAGCCUGAAGGUCAGGGCAGGACCACAGCACCCAUGCUAUGUGAUCAAAUGAGCUUUGGGUUUAUUUAAAGCCUUCCUACUAAUUCUAACUGUACUUGUUUGUGUUUAUUUGAUAAUAUUAA